GGCACCCUUCCAGCGCCAAAAGAUAACGGCACCAGGCCCAGCGAUUUCGUCUCGUUGCGAUCCAACAUCGCAAAAGGCGCCUGAUCUGCCUCUCACAAGUGGGAAUGAGGAGGUUACCUGGGCCCUUGUUGGCGACUUCCCCCUUCAAAGCGCGGCCGCCGAGAGUGCCUCAGGGCGCAUCAUCAGCAUCAUGGCCGCUGCGAUUCCGACCUAGUACGACCGCCUGCCUUUCGACGGCGACAGCGACGACAACAUCGACAACGACGCCGCCGUCGCAAGCAGAUUCUUCCGAGCAGACACCGCCGCAAACGCAACAACCCUUUCGCUUCGAGACCGGCAUCUCCCUCUUCGCCAAGCGGGCGCCGCGACCUUUCCCGCCGCCCUUCCUCUCCCCUCCGUCGGGCUCCUUCUCCGAUCCGCUCAGCACCCAUCACCGAAGCCGCGAUCGGCGCGCCAGAGUUGACGGACAAAUCAUCCUCGGACAGACGAACGGAGACGAUGCGGUAUUCGCCAGCGAGAACUUCAUUUGUGCGAAUGAUGGCGUCGGCGCUUGGUCAACACGCCCGAGGGGUCACGCUGGCCUUUGGUCUCGCUUGAUUCUUCAUUAUUGGGCAACGGCUAUUCAGAAAGAUGUCACCAACCCUCGCUCCGAGGGAGAUGUCUAUAAGCCCGACCCGGUAGCAUAUCUCCAGACGGCGUAUGAGCAGACCCUGAAAGCGACUUCGGACCCGAACGACUGGCAAGGCACCACGACGGCGAGCGGAGCGCUGCUGCACUACAAGACUCUACAAGGCAGCGAGAAGGUCCCCCAGGUCUAUGUCACCAAUCUCGGCGACUGUCAAGUUAUGAUUCUCCGGCCCAGGCACGAAAAGGUUGUCUACAAGACCAAGGAGCAGUGGCAUUGGUUCGACUGUCCGCGCCAGUUGGGCACGAAUAGCCCCGACACCCCCAACACGGAAGCAGUCUUGGACGUUGUGGAGAUACAAGUCGGGGAUGUGGUUCUCGCCAUGUCGGACGGUGUCAUUGACAACUUGUGGGAGCAUGAGAUCGUCGACAGCAUUCAGAAGAGCAUAGAACGCUGGGAGAAUGGGGAAUGCGGGGGCGACAGAGUCGAGGGCGACCGGACGGGCGGCGCGAAUGGAGGCAUGAAGCUCGCUGCCGAGGAGUUGGUCGCAGCCGCGAAGAAGAUUGCGACGGAUCCAUUCGCGGAAAGCCCCUUUAUGGAGCAUGCCAUUGAGGAAGGGCUGCCGAGCGUUGGAGGCAAACUUGAUGACAUUAGCGUCGUCGCUGCGCUCGUGAGGAAUCAGGAUGCAUGAUAUGGAGGGCGAUACCACGAAACACGGCAAUCAUCGGAAAUGG